AAACUGGCUGCAUCUUGUUUGUUAAGUGAACUCAAAGAAGCGAAACUGGUUGGGAGGCAUUAACCUAUAUUUCGUGUCUUUCAUUUUUUUAAAUUUUAUUUUAACAGUCUGUGUAAGAGAUUUAAAGAAAAUGACUCGUAAGUUUGCCUAUGGAUAUAUAUAUCUAUAUAUAUAUAUAUAUAUAUUAAUUUCGUAUUUUAAAUGUUAAUUAUUGGUCUAAGUAUUUUACUGCUUUAUAGAACUAAUUGGGAGUCAUUAAUAUAUAUUUCGUGUCUUUCAUUUUUUUAAAUUUUAUUUUAACAGUCUGUGUAAGAGAUAUAAAGAAAAUGACUCGUAAGUUUGCCUAUGUAUAUAUAUAUAUAUAUAUAUAUAUAUAUAUAUAUUAAUUUCGUAUUUUAAAUGUUAAUUAUUGGCCUAAGUAUUUUACUGCUUUAUAGAACUAGAACUAACCAAUAAUAAUAAUAUACUACUAAAAGUCAGUUAAGUCAGUCGUCACCCAGUGUCACUACUAAUCACUGCUACUACUACUUCUAACUGACUGACUUUACUUUAACUAUGCAUAGGCUUAAACUUAGAUUAAGUCCUAAGUAAGGUUAGGCGCUUUGGCUGUCCCCUUUAUUUAUAUUUAUUAAUUUAAUUUAAUAAUAAUUAGUAAUUAGGCAAAAAAAAUGAUACUCGAGACUUAAAGACACUUAAUAAUAAGUAAGCUUAGGCUUAAGACUUAACUUACUUAAGCCCUUAACUUUAACUUAAUUAUAACUUAAUGAAGGCUUUUAAGUGAUGUUUAAGUUUCUUUAAGUAAAACAAAAACUUGGUCAUAUCAGCAUAUGGCUUAUGUUAGUUUUUAUUUUUCCAUACAACUUUAACGACAAUGAUCAUUAGCUGGAGCAAUUUAACACUGAAUCAGUGAUUAAUAUAUUUGCAGAGGAGUAUGGCCAUACAGGCUUUUGUACAGAUUUUCACUAGUACUAGGUUUAGAAAAAAAAUAAUUUUGCACUAGACACAAGUUCAAAACUGGUGAUGCAAUUUAAUACAAAUUGCAAACGGAGCUUAAAUUUAGUUAAAUCCUAUUUGUCUGUUAAAAAAAAACAAGUUGAGGAUCAGUAUGCUGUCUAAAUAUACGAAAAAGGGGAAAAUAAAUUUAUUCAGCUGUUUGGCACCAUAUCUCCAUAUGGUAUUAAUCAAAUAACAUCCUUCUGAUGUUUCUCUGUUUCCCUAUAUUUCAUCUAUUUUAUUAUUGCUGUGUGUUGAUCUAUCCCUGGAUAUUCUGGUCCAUUAUUAUUGUGGGCUUCAUUUUUCACAGUCUCAAUAUUUAUAUUCUCUCGCUUCCUGUGUUCCCACUUCCGGCGACACGAAUGGAUACUUCUUGAGUUGUCUACUGUGCUCUAUUCUUUGUAAUAUUUUUAUUUCUACUGUUGGCUGAGGAAGGCUUUAUGCCGAAACAUCCUUGUUUUUUGUCCUGUUAUCUUAUUCAAGCUUCACACAUACCUCGUUUUGCUAUUUUAUUAAUCUAAAUUCAGAAACGGCACAGUGUCAUUGAUAUCAUUCGUUAACACUAAGAAAGCGUAGUAUUGCUGUAGUGUAGUAGUAAAAUCUGUGUGAUUCUAAACAAAAAUUGCAGUGUUGUGUUUAAUUUCAAUUUAAUUUAUAUUAAAUAAUAGCAUUAGUCAUUAUUCCUAUUUAUAUCAUAAUGGCAUGGCUUAAUCCCUCUGGUACAGUGAAAAAUAUGAAGGUAACCUCAACAACUUUAUUUUGACGGACAAACUUUAUUUUACUUUGUUAGUUUAAAUACAGGAAUCUGUAUUACUACAGCUAGCAUAAUUAACAGAAUAAUUAUGUCAAAUUAUAUCUAAAUUGCUAUUAAGUUCAUCAUCUGUCCAUUUAUUAGUAUAAUUGCUAUUGACCAAUGUGACAAAACUAAAAACUUGACAAAUAACUUUUUAAAUCAUGCAUUCAAAACAUCAAUGAAAAAGGUGUAAAUUUUACUUUUUUCGACUUCAUUUCUAUUGUUCAGAUUUUCAUGCUGCUACUAUAGAGUUUUUUGGGACUAUUUUUACAGUUUUUUAAAGGGCAGGAUAGCAUGUGUGGACUACAUAUUGGACUUAAUGUCAUAAAUUUAUAUACUUAACCAAAGAUAGUGUCAAACUCCUGAUAUUUUAUUAGUACCAUAUUAACAAUUUGACAUUAAAAUAUGAGUUCUUACAAAUUUUGUAGAUUAAACAUAUUUUCUGUAAAUAUUAUUUUAUAGAGUUGGCAAAGCUGGCUUAAAGACUCAACCUGCAAAUGAACAAACUCAAUAUAUGAGUGAAGUCAAUGUUAUUGUUAUUGGACAUUUUUAAAAAAUGUACAGUAAUUUACAGAAUGCUUGGACAAGUGGGCAGUUUUCCCACUAUUGUUGGUGUUACUUAUUUGCAGUAAACUCAUGUGCAACCCCCUUUAGGUACUUCCCCAUGGACCUUCUCAGAGUCUGCUUUCUCUAGUGACACACAGCUUUGGUGGCAUCCUGAUCAGGUGACACCCUGCUCUUGUAUUUAUCUAUGAUCGUUUAUGAAACAGUGUAGAGGGAAAUAUCUUAUUUUUUUUUUUUUCCCCAUCAGGAUGACACCCCAUAUUGACAAGAGGGUUUGCUAUUGUUGGUGCUUUUACAUUAAAAAAAAAUAUAGUUCAUUUCAUUAUCUUUCGGAAAAUCUGAUGUUUUUUUCAUAAUGGUCAUUUGAAGAUGAGUUCUAAUAAACAUUUGAAGUUGAAACCUUAAGAAACUGAUUUAAAUUUGUUUUUUCCUCAAAGUAAUAUCCUCAACAGGCUUACAAAUAUUAUUUUGAAAUCUAUCCCUGAUUUAUUAUAACCAAGUAUUAUGUAAAGCAAUGAAUAAAAAAUGAUUACCAUAAGGGACAAAACUAAUUAAUGUUGAAUUAAGUAACUGAUGGGAUUUUAAACACUAUAAGGUAGAACUUAGAAAAUGUAUGUAUAUUUUUCGGCAUACAUUAAAAAAUGCAAUGAAGUAGCAUAACAGAAGCAAACACAGUAAGCAUUCAUGUUGAAUUGUCAAUAGAUUUUUUAAAAAGUUACUCCAAUUUACAUUCAACUUCAAAAAUAGCAUUGCAAGAGAUUAUUCAUAUAGUGGAGCAAACAUUAUUUUUAAUUCCAAAAUUAAAAUCAACUAAUAUCAUAUAAAUAUAUUUAAUAUAAAACGAAUGCAACUUUGAAAAAAAUGUUAUAUUUUAUUAAAUUAAAUUUUUUUUUAAUUAGACAUAGUUAUAUUUAAAAAAAUUAAUUAACUGAUUUAUUGUUUAUAAUAGGGUUGUACCUAUUAUCAAAUUAUAGUUAAUUGGCAAUUUUGCAGAUAAAUCGCCAAUCUGCUUUUUUUUUUGUGACCAAUAGGCUUCCUGGCUUACACUUACAAAUAAAUCCCCUAGAAGCUAGAUCAUUUUAAUAGAAUAUUGAAAGCUUAUUAUUGGAUUUUUGUGAACUUUUUAUCAAAUUAGGUGUGUACACGAAUUUUAACUUCCCUCCCUCCUCUUGCUGCAUGCAGGCAUGUAGAGUGGCAUGGAAAAGAUGCAUAUAUUUAUAUCCUUUAUGAACAACCCCUACAGCAACCUAAAGUUGAAUUUAAUCCUUAAUGUAUAUAUUUAAAAAAUGUUCUAUCUUAAUGAUUUGCUCUUGUUCCAGGUGGGAAUCAGCGUGAAAAGGCUAGAGAGAAAGCCAUGAAAAAGCAAAAAGAAUUGGAAAAGAAAAAGCAUUCUAGUUUGAAAGAUGGAAACAAAGGCAUGUCCCUUGAAGAACGGCGGCAACGGUACAAUAAAAUAAAAAAUAUGCCUUUUUAAAUUUUUUUAUUAAAGAUGUUUUCAGUUAGCAUUAAAUUUUUUACAAAAUCUGAUAAGGGGUCAUACAUAUAUAUGUACACACUGAGUGGGGUUGUGGUUUUGGAGAUUUUUCAUAUGUAUACAUAUUUUUCCACGUCAGAAUGUAAUUACAUUUAUUAAUAAAUUCUGCAAUUCAGAAGUCCCUUAUAUAAAUAACCUAUUUUAAAUUUAUAGGUCUAUUUCAAAUAUAGCCAACUGUUGCCUACAAUCUGUGAAAUCCAUGGUUUCUAAUUAUUUUCAAAGGUUAACACAAAUCACCACAAUGUUUUGUAUUUAUCUUCAUUCUGUUGCUUUGUGUUUUCAGAAAUAAGACACUAGAUAUCACAAAUGUAAUAACUAAUAUUUAGCUUAGUGAAAACUAUCGUCCAUCGAACAUGGUUAAGUGUGUGAUGUAAUUUCUGACAUAAUCAUUUGCUUGGCUGAACCCAACCAUUGCGGUAGCAAAACAAAAGGGGGUGGCCCCCCAAGCCCCCAUUCAAAGAACUAAAAAAGAGGUCCCCAUGCUGCCAUUAAGUUAAAAAGAUUAAAUAACAAUUUUUCUGAAUUCAGUCAACAUUGUACGAUAAAACUUAAAAUAAUGAAAAAUAAAUUUGUAUCCCCCCCCUCCCCCCGUUUUGAAACUUAUUAAGUCAUUCCUAUUAGAGAGAGUAAGUGUCCCACCAUAAUCUUCAAAUUAGGGUUCUGUUCAAAUAUAAACUUUGUUGGCCUUUAUUUUUAAUUUUUUGUGUGGUUAUAUAUCCCCAAUCUGUACGAAUUUACUGGCGUGCUCCCUCUGAAGUUACAUCUUAAACUUAAUGAGAACUAAUAAGUCCCCGAUUUGGCUAAGAGAACUCACUGAAUGGCUGUUUGAAAUAAUUUAUUAUAAAUGUCUUGUGUUCAAAUAGUUUUAUUUAUGUGCUGAAAAUGUAUAAUGCAAUCAAAAAACAUUUCCAUUUAUUUGGAUCAAUAAAAGAAUCUUAUCUUAUAUAAUUAAAAAAAUAAAUAAAAACAGUAUAAAAAACUAAAUAGGUAAAAGGUACCUAGUAAUAUUAGUUUUUAUGACUGUUUUUUUAAAUGUUCUUAUAUAUUUUUCAUUUACAACCAAUAGAAUUUAAUUAAAGAUAUUGAGAAAAAUCUAUUUUCAAAAUAGUUACACCUUUUCAGUCCUUUUCCUGUGCAAAGGAUUUGUAUUAGGUCAUAUAAAACAAUUUAAACAUUCAAAUGUUUGUGUAUGUAGCUUUUUACUUUUUUAAAAAUUGAUUUUACUUUUGUCCAUCUGCUUGUGCUCCCUCGAUCAUGCUGUAGUAGCAUUUCUUUUAUGAUUUAAAAAUAUACUUUUGUUUUGUAAGCUUUUCACCAAGACUUUGGAUUAUCAUAGCCUAAAUUUCAAACUAACUUUUGUAAGCAUUUUCCCCUAUAAUCAUGUUCAUAUUAAUUUUCCAUUUUGUAUUUUAAAUACUGUUUAAUUAUAACCAAAUCAGUGCAAGAUAGAUCUGUGAACUACCAAUCUGCUUAUUGCAAUAUCUACCAAGUCCAGCUGUUAUAAUAAAGCUGUUAUAAUAAAGCUAAAGAAAUGUAAACAUUCUUUAAGAAAGUCAAAUAACUGAUGCAGCUGAUUGGGGCUAUAUGGCCAAUCAAUGUAAGAAUUAUUUGCACACACUCCUGGUGUGAAUAAAUCUGGUUGGGCUUUAUGUAAUUAAUGCACCUUUAAUAUCUAUAUCUCACUAGUGUUUAGAAAAUUAAAGUCAUUUUAAAAUUACAAAAGUUGAAGCUCCUUAUUCUUUAAACCCCUUAUUAUCAAGAUUUUUCAAAGGUUUUAAUUUCAUCCCUCAGUUUAUCCAAAUAUCUCCCGUUUGUCUUUGCUAUUUUCUAAUGUUAUGUACUGUAUAAUUUUUUUAUCUAGAGAUUUGCUUUUGAUUAGAAUAGAUCAAAAUCAUUUUACAUUAAUCAGCAAGUGUGAUUUAUUGUUUCAGUGAUGCAGAAAUAAUGCGACAGAAGCAAGAUAAGAAACUUUCUGAUGCUGGGUCUAGUGCAAGUGGAGAUGCUGGUUCUAGUGCAGGUGAAGGGGCUACAGGUGGUGCAUCAAAAUAGCUGGAGCUGGAACUCAUGGCUGAUAGUUAAAUUUCACAAUCUGCAUUACAAAGUGUAUCGCCAACCAGUUUCUCAAUUUCUAAUGUAAUGUGUUUGGAGGAUUAGUGAAAAAAAACAACACUCUUUAUCUAUCAGGGACAAAAUAUGUUAUUAGUUUUCAGAUUUGUAAUGUCCUUGUUCAUUCUGGUCCUGUUUUUAAACAAAAAGCCAUUCUGUGUAUAUAUGUAUAUGUUCAUUAACAACAUGUUCCUUUUGGGAAACUACAUUUCAAUUUCAUCCUAAAUAAUCAUGUAAUUUAUGUGAAGGUCUAAGUUUAUGUAACAGUAAAGAACUAUAUAAUGGAACUUUAAACAUUUUCUAACUAGCAGCAUGAUCCUUAAAUUCUUCUUUAGCAACUAACCAAUUUCUUGGAUUUUUUUAAACUUUCUUUAGAAAUGAAAGACUUGAUUUAAGAACUGUGAAAUUUUUAAGUCCUGGUACAUGUAUUUUAUAUAAAUUUCUCACUUGUACAAGUCCAGCACUUUAAAAAAUCAAUAGUUCUUUCAGUUAUUGUUUGAGAAACUGAAGCAAAAUUGUUUCAUUUUGAAUAUGUUAUCAAAUUGUCAGCAUUUCAGCUUUUAUUGAAGAGAUCUUUUAAAACUACUUUUCACUCAUAGUAGGCAUUUCUCCAUGUGCUAAGGGAAACUUGACAUAAACUUGUACAAACACAUCUUGUAUUAUACAAUAAUAGAGAAUGAUCAUUAGAGGGACUGCUGUCUUCAUUUCUUUUCCUGCUAAGACAGUAUUUAACUCUUACUUAAUCACAUGCAUGUCUAAUUAUUAAAAACUAUUAAAAUAAUUUUGUUUUGAGUUGUUUUUAACAAGUUGUCUAAAAAUUAAGUGAAUUGUAGUGAUUAUCUCCUUGUAAAAAAUUUGCUUUGUCUCUAUACUGACAUUGUAUUGUGUACCUGUACUGUACUGACUUUUCCCCCCAUUUUUUAAAUUUGAUCACAUAUUGGUUUUGAGACAUUUCAAAAUAAUACAUUUAUAAAAUGGAAGAUCAACAUCAUUCAGCACAAGCUAUACAAGAAAAAAGGUUAAACUUAAGUUUUCACAACAUUUAAAAAAAAAAAGGAGUUACUCAUUAGUACUAGCAUAGAAUUUAUUUGUAUUUCAGAAGUACAAU